AUGAGCCGUCCACCCCGAACCUCCAUCACCCAAACCUCCCAUCACCUCCGACCGUCCAUCUCUCCAACCCCCAUCUCCCACCUCAUCCCCCAACGUCCAUCACCCGACCUCCAUCACCCCAACCUCCAUCUACCCAACCUCCCAUCACCCCAACCUCCCAUCCCCAACUCCCAAUCACCCCGACCUCCAUACACCCAACUCCCACCCCACCUCCCAUCACCAACUCCAACGCUCCACUCCCAACCUCCCAUCACCCCAACCUCCACUCUCCCCACAACUCUCCAUCACCCACCUCCCAUACCCACUCCAUCACCCAACCUCACCAUCACCCAACCUCCCUCACCCAAACCUCCCAUCUCUAACCGCCAUCACCCCAAUCUCCAUCACCCAACCUCCCAUCACCAACUCCAUCACCAACCUCCCAUCACCCAACCUCCCAUCCCCCAACUCCAUCACCCCAACUCCGCCACAACUCCCAACUCCCAAACCAACCUCCCAUCACCAACCUCCCAUCUCCAACCUCCAUCAUCCCCAACCUCCCUCACCCCAACCUCCAUCACCCCAACCUCCCAUCACCCCAACCUCCACACCCAACCUCCCAUCUCCCAACCUCCAUCUCCCACAUCCUCACCCAUCACCCCAACCUCUCCCCAACCUCCCAUCACCCCAACCUCCCAUCUCCCAACUCCAUCACCCCAACCUCCCAUCUCCAACCUCCCAUCACCCAACCCCCUCCCCACCCUCCAUCACCCAACCCAUCACCCACAUCCAUCUCCAACUCCACCCAACUCCCAUCCCGCACCUCCCAUCUCCAAACUCACCAUCACCCAACCUCCAUCUCCCACCUCCCCCACCUCCCAUCACCAACCUCCAUCUCCCCAACCUCCCAUCACCCAACUCACAUCACCCCACUCCCAUCCCUCCCCACCUCCCAUCACCCCAACCUCCAUCACCUCCUCCUCUCCCCAACUCCCAUCUCCACUCCCAUCACACCCCAACCUCCCUCACCCCACUCCCAUCACCCAACUCCCCAUCACCCGAACUCCAUCACCCACCUCAUCAUUCCCAACGUCCCAUCACCAAUCCUCCCAAUCACCCAAACCUCCCAUCACCCCAACCUCCCAUCACCCCAACUCCCUCACCCGACUCCCAUCUCCCCACUCCCAUCCCACCUCCAUCACCAACCUCCCAUCCCCCACCUCCAUCACCCCAACCUCCCAUCAACCCCAACCUCCAUCACCAACCUCCAUCAACCCAACCUUCCAUCACCCCCUCCCGACCCCAACUUCCCAUCACCCACCCCGACCCACGCUCCACACCAACCUCCAUCACCCACCCUACCCACUCCAACCUCCACACCAACCUCCCAACUCCCAACCUCCAUCACCCAACCUCCCAUCUCCCAACCUCCCAUCACCCAAUCCCCCCUCGCCAUCACCACUCCCAUACCCCAACCUCCCAUCACCCCAACCCCUCCAAUCCACCCCAACUCCUCCAUCACCCAACUCCCAUCAACCAACCUCCCAUCACCCCAAUCCUCCCAUACUCCACACCCAAACCUCCCAUCAUCCCCAAUCUCCCAUCACCCUUACCAACCUCCUCACCAUUCCCAUCACCUAUCUACCAUCUCCCAACCUCCCAUCUCCCAACUCAUCCAGACCCCCAACUCCAUCACCCCAACUCCACCCAACUCCCAUCCCAACCUCCAUCACCCAACUCCCAUCUACCCAACCUCCCAUCUCCCACCUCCUCACCCACUCUCUCCCAAACUCCAUCACCCAACCUCCCCAUCUCCCAACUCCCAUCACCCCGACACUUCCUCUCCCCAACCUCACCAUCACCCAACCCCCAUCUCCCAACCUCCCAUCACCCACCUCCACUCAACCUCCCAUCACCACCAACCUCCCAUCACCCCAUCACCAUACGCCAACUCCCCAUCCUCCAACCUCCCAGCCCAACCUCCCAUCACCCACCAACACCAUCCUCCCCGAUCUCCCAACCUCCCAUCACCGCCAACCUCCCAUCCCACUACCAUCACCCAACCUCCAUCCCCAACUAACCAAUCACCCCAACCCCCAAGCUCCCAUCACCCCAACCUCCCAUCUCCAACCUCCCAUCACCCAACCUCCCAUUCCCCAACCUCCCAUCUCCCAACCUCCCAUCUCCAACCCCGCUCCCAUCACCCAACCUCCCAUCACCCCAACCUCCAUCACCCCAACCUCCCAUAUCCAACGUCCCAUCACCCCAACUCCAUCUCCCAACUCCAUCACCCACCUCCGUCACCCACAACCCCAUCACCCAACUCCCAUGCACUAA